CAAAACAAUGCAACUUCUUUCCCUACUUGCACUCCAAGCAUACCCUUAAUUACUCGCCGAUUCCUCCAGAACCAGGACUAUAUAUACACGGCUCGCCUCGCCUUCGUUCCUCACCAAAAUCUACAGCCAACGAACUGCAGAGCAGAAACAGCGACAGAGAUCCGUCUUCUUCCUCUUCGAGUUCUUGGAGCUUGCGACCGACAGGGACGGGGAUGGCGACCGCCGGGAAGGUGAUCAAGUGCAAAGCGGCGGUGGCAUGGGAGGCCGGGAAGCCGCUGUCGAUCGAGGAGGUGGAGGUGGCGCCGCCGCAGGCCAUGGAGGUGCGCGUCAAGAUCCUUUACACCGCCCUCUGCCACACCGACGUCUACUUCUGGGAAGCCAAGGGGCAAACUCCGGUUUUCCCUAGGAUCUUGGGCCAUGAAGCUGGAGGCAUUGUUGAAAGCGUCGGAGAGGGUGUUACCGAACUCGUGCCGGGUGACCAUGUCCUCCCGGUGUUCACUGGCGAGUGCAAGGACUGUGCCCACUGCAAGUCAGAGGAGAGCAACCUCUGUGACCUCCUCAGGAUCAACGUGGAUCGUGGCGUGAUGAUCGGUGAUGGGGAGUCUCGCUUCACCAUCAAUGGGAAACCGAUCUUCCACUUCGUCGGGACCUCCACCUUCAGCGAGUACACCGUGAUCCAUGUCGGGUGCCUCGCCAAGAUCAACCCAGAGGCGCCCCUUGACAAAGUUUGUGUUCUCAGCUGUGGUAUCUCAACUGGACUUGGUGCUACCCUCAAUGUUGCGAAACCGAAAAAGGGUUCGACGGUGGCCAUUUUCGGUCUUGGAGCUGUAGGCCUUGCUGCCAUGGAAGGGGCCAAGAUGUCUGGGGCAUCAAGGAUCAUUGGUGUGGAUUUGAACCCUGCAAAAUACGAACAAGCCAAGAAAUUUGGAUGCACUGACUUUGUGAACCCAAAGGACCACACCAAGCCCGUGCAAGAGGUGCUUGUCGAGAUGACCAAUGGUGGAGUCGACCGCGCAGUUGAGUGCACUGGCCACAUCGACGCCAUGAUCGCCGCCUUCGAAUGUGUCCAUGAUGGGUGGGGCGUGGCGGUGCUGGUGGGCGUCCCGCACAAGGAGGCGGUGUUCAAGACAAGCCCGAUGAACUUGCUCAACGAGAGGACCCUGAAGGGCACCUUCUUCGGCAACUACAAGCCGCGGACCGACCUCCCGGAAGUCGUGGAGAUGUACAUGAGGAAGGAGCUGGACGUGGAGAAGUUCAUCACCCACAGCGUGCCCUUCUCGCAGAUCAACACGGCGUUCGACCUCAUGCUCAAGGGGGAGGGCCUGCGUUGCGUCAUGAGGAUGGACGAGUAGAUGGUCUCUUAUUCAUCGUGUGUCUCUUUGUUUUAGUGUUCACGGUUUGGUCUUUGGUUUCAUUGCGUCUGUCGGCAGCUUUCAGUUAGCAUGUAAAUUACUAUUAAUAAGUGUGGCACAAUAGCGUGCAAUUUCUGUGUUAAUAUUGGCGUCUUCCGUUGCAAAUCAGUUCUUCUAUUUUCUCUUCA